AUGGAAACCAAGGCAGAAGUCGAACUACAUAAAACAGAGAAAAAUAAAUCAGUGAAUUUCAUGCUGACGGGAGUGAAUGCCAGCAGCUUCGGUCUCUACAGAUGUGAGGGCAUGGUCCUUCACCCCCCUCCCGUUGAGACAAUGCCAAGUACUGUGUUUAUCCUGGUACAAGUAGAAGGACACCAAUGCAGUUUGAACACAAAAGCAGGUGGAGGUCAAAUGGAUGGACUUCUCUGGAUUUGGAUUCUGGGGCUUGUAGUCCUUAGCAUUUACGGCGUAACUGCCACUAUCAUUGCAGGCAUCUUCUGGGUGAAGUGGAGGAGCUCAGAGUCCCACAGCGACUCCAUGAACACCAAACCCAAAGCACCCCGGGACCGCAGGAAGAACAAAUGGGUCCAGAAUCCUGGACCACGGCACUUCAGUUAACGUUACCCCUGUUAGUGUACAUAUAAAGACACAGGUGUCCGUGAAGUAGCUCAGAAAAAUAUCCUGAGCGAGGUUUUGUUAAGUUCAUUUUCUUUCUCUGUACUUGUCUACAUAGCGAAAGCAGCAGCUCUUUUUAUAUCAGUUUUUGAAAAGAAUACAAAUCUUAGGCAGCGUUCACUGUCUCUUCUUUUCAAAUGAAGAGACAGUGAACGCUGUUCCUGCUGCACUGAUCUGCAGCAGGAACCCUCUGUGGUUGAAACAGAUUCAUUCGUCUGAAUGAGGGGAUUUGACCUCAUUUACAAAUCCUGUGUGGUGAAUCACGAGUGACCACAAUUUCAAAAUAAAUAAUAAAACAUUCUACAAACUUU